AUGGAGUCUUCUUCUCUUCAUACCUUGAAGAAAACUAUGAUCAUGGCCAUGAAGUACUCUUCUUGGACAAUCGCCUCUUCACAAAGGAGGUAUCAACUCACAUGGUUUAGUUCUUUCUUGCUUCUCCUUCUUGUCACUCUCCUCUCAACCACAGUCUCUUCUUCUACAACUCCACCCUCUUACAUCGAUCACUGCAGUUCAACUGUUCCCGAAUCGGCCGCAACUGUUCCAGACUACACGACCUUCCCACACCUCCGAAUACCGUCAGGUAUCUACACUGGCGGUGACAAAAUUCUUGGCAACAACUCGUCUCAAUUCUUUGAUUACCAGAAAUAUCUCUCCUUUCGUACCACUAGACAAGUUUAUAAAACAGAAGCCAACGGUGUUUACAAGAUUCAGGCCUACUUGAUCUUCCCAUCCUCCUAUUCCUAUGUUCUGCAUAAUUCAACUUAUGGCCAAUCGCGCUUUCCUGAAUUUCGAAGACGUACACUGAGAUUUCAAUUACAUGGGUUCUGGUCUGAAUCUUCUGGGAAGCUUUGCAUGUUGGGCUCAGCUAAUUGGCACUCAAGAGAAGGUAACUUUCUUAAACUUGACGCUGUUCUUAAACUUAAUUAUGCUAAGAAUGCAACUAUCUUUACUAGUUUGGUUGGUGGAACAUUGGAGAGCUUGAGUUCUUCUCAUGAUUCGAAUUACUUUGAACCAAUUUCAAUAUUGGGGUUUCCUUCCAUGAUUUACUACAAAUACACGUUGGUUUCAGAGGAAUUCAAUAGUGGGUGUCCUGGCGGAAUUGAUAUUCCACCGAAUCGCUCUCUUGAAUUGCAACCGAGAAGUAUUUGUUCCAUGCUCUCGAGGCAAAUCAGUCCUUUUAUGUUGGAAUAUUCCAGCGAGUGCAAUUCUUCUCAGAAUUGUACUCUUUUUGGCAAGGGUAUUGGGUAUUCGUUCAUGUCCUUGUCUGAAAUUCAGUGUUUUGUGAGUGUACAAAAGGCACAACUACGCUAUCUAGUAGAGUUUUCAAACAGUAGCUAUAUUGAGCGUUACCAACCUUUCAAUCCCAACACGAGAUUGAUUGCUGAAGGAUCAUGGGAUGGAAAGAAGAACAGGCUAUGCAUCGUUGCUUGCCGGAUCUUGAAUCCCUCUGAUUCUUUGGAAAAUGCUCAAGUUGGGGAUUGUUCAACUAGGCUGAGCUUGAGAUUCCCUGCAGUCUGGUCAAUCAAACAAAGAUUGCAUAUUGUUGGGCAAAUUUGGAGUAACAGAACUGAAAAUGAUUCUGGGUACUUCCAUAGGAUCAGGUUUGGAGGUUAUUCCCAUGACAGGUUUGGUGUUCCUGGUUUGAAGUAUGAGUACACUGAAAUGGACAGAGUCAAAAAGUUAUGCCCAGUAAAGAAGCCUUCUGAAAACAAAGGGAUGAGAUACCCAAGUGGAAAUUCUUAUGAUAUGAGGUUCGACAUGUCGGUGAAAGAUUCUAAAGGAAGAAGUGCUUGGGGUUCUGCUGCCCCCAUCUCUGUGGGUGAUCAGUUUUAUGAGCCUGGGUAUGUUGGGAUCAUUGAUGCAAACUCUAUGGUUGAAGAAAGCUCAACUGUUGAGACAGAAGCUAACCAUAGUAGUCCAUUAAAUAUCAGCUACAACAUAAGGUUUUAUCCAUUAGCUGGUGGCAUAUCUAAUCUGAGUACUGAUGGUCUAGAGGAAAUUUCUGCUGAGGGGAUCUAUGAUGAAGAAACAGGACACCUCUGUAUGGUAGGCUGCAAAAAGCUGGGUUCAUACUUUCAGGAAUCAACUAUGGACUGUGAAAUUCUUUUGAAAUUUCAGUUCUCUCCACUAAAUGCAACAGGAGGUGUUAUUAAGGGAAGCAUUGAAAGCACAAGGAAACAUUCAGAUCCUCUUUUCUUUGAGCAUUUGAACCUCUCUUCAUCAGCUUUCUAUACUGUAGAAGCUAAACGAUCCAUCUGGAGGAUGGAUUUGGAGAUCACAAUGGCUUUAAUCUCCAACACACUCGCAUGUGUCUUUGCGGGGUUGCAACUCUUUUAUGUCAAAAAGCACCCUAAUGCACUUCCUUUUAUUUCACUGGUCAUGCUUGUGAUCCUCACUUUGGGGUACAUGAUUCCUCUUCUACUCAACUUUGAAGCCCUUUUCCUGGAAAAUCACAAUCGGCAAAAUGUGUUGCUUGGCAGUGGUGGAUGGCUUGAAGUGAAUGAGGUAACCGUGAGGGUUAUUACAAUGGUGGCUUUCUUGCUGCAAUUCCGUCUUCUCCAACUGGCACGGUCUGCACGGUCUGGUGAUGGGAACCAAAAGGGCAUGUGGGUUGCUGAAAUGAAGGCACUUUUUGUGACUAUUGCAUUCUACAUUUCAGGGGCACUUAUAGCAUUGCUCCUGAAUUGGACGAAGAACAAAAAUGGCAAGCUAGCAUUGUCUAAUCAUUCUGUUCCUUACCAACAACAUGGCCUCUGGGGGAAUUUGAGAUCUUAUGCUGGUUUGGUCAUUGAUGGUUUUCUAUUCCCUCAAAUCCUUCUCAACGUAUUCCAGACGUCAAGAGAAAAUGCUCUCUCUCGUUCAUUUUACGUUGGCACUACCUUUGUUCGAUUGCAACCACAUGCAUAUGAUCUUUACAGGGCUCACAACUUUGUUCCCCAGCAUUUCAAUGGGUCGUACAUUUACGCGAAUCCUACUUCAGAUUUCUACUCCGCUGCUUGGGAUGUGAUCAUCCCUUGCGGGGGUAUAAUCUUUGCGGUGAUCAUCUUCUUGCAGCAGCGAUUUGGGGGUUGUUGUAUCCUUCCUCGGAGACUCAGGGAAUUGGAAUUGUAUGAGAAGGUGCCUAUAGUCACUGAUGGUUGCAAGUCAUGUUUUGGCUUCUUAGAAAUGGAGGGCCGUGAAGGUGCAGCUGUUCAGGUUUAUCCGACUGUUGACAGUUGUUCGGGUUUAUCCGACUGCUGA